GGUUCCUGUUGCUUGGCACCGAACUGCAGCUUGACUCAGUGAAGCUGCUGGCCAGACUUUCGUUUUCAUUUCUUUUGCCUGAAACUGUACCGAUGUUGGCAGAUUGAAGGAAAACAUGGCUGGCUUGGAGGUGUUGUACACCUGUGUCGCAGGUAAGAUAACCUGCCCGCAGGACGCCGUUGUGUGUUUUGUUCACUGGGAGCUGGUAAAGAACGGAUACAGGUGCAUCGGCUCAGGAGACGAGGCCCGCAGCAGUGAUAAGAAGUCCGAGCUGCUGCCUGCUGACUGGAGUAACAACAAAGAGCUAUACAGUCUGCGAUACAAAGCCAACAACAGUGACACCCAAAUGCUCCUCAAGGCAAUCACUGUUGAUUCCACCUUGAUCUUCAAUCUGAUGAACUCCAGCACGCAGCAGGUGUCAGACUUAACGGUGAACAUCAACGACCACGUGAACACUGACCAGCUACACACAUUUGACAGUGUGUUCAAAGAUGCAGACAGUUUGUCAGAGAAGGUGAAGACUCAGCUGCUGCCCCCCCAGGACAGACCGACAGGACAGAGAGCAGAGAGGAAGAGUCGGCGGGAUGAGGAAGAAGAGGAGCAGAGAAGAAGAGGAGAGGACAGUGACCCCCUCCGCAUUCCCAGCAGGAAUCCUCGCCAGGGGACACACCCUCACUGGCCCGGCCCCAUGGUUCCUCCGUUUGCUGCUGGAGGAGCAGAUCUGGAUCCCUUUGGGUCUCGCGGAGGUGGUGGGAUGAUAGUCGACCCCUUGAGGUCAGGUUAUCCUCGCUCUGGCUUUGACCCGUCUAGUGGGAUACCAGACAUUCUGCCUCCUGGAGCCGUUCCCCCAGGAGCUCGCUUCGAUCCGUUUGGACCCAUCGGACGUCACAGACCAGGGCCGGAUCCAGACCACAUGCCCCCUCCUGGCUACGAUGACAUGUUCAUGUAGUACCCUGGAUUGUUUCAAGUUUUUCUACUUCCUGUUUAUUACUUACAUCAGCAUCUUUUCCUGCGGCCGAUAGCAGCCCCCUUCUCCUCUCUGAGGGUUUGGUUUCAUCCGUGUUUGUGGCCUGAAGAUUUUCAUUUUUCUCUUUUUGAGAAGGAGGGUUUGUUUUCUGAUUGCUCAUUUCAUAUGAAUUAAAUCUUUUGGAUGCAAAUUCACAUAACAGAAACCCAGUUACUGCUGUCUCAAAUAUCCAUGACUUUGAAAUAAAAAAGUUGCUUCAAUGUAAAAGAGCCCCUAAAAGAACAAUGCCAGACAGAUGAAGGUUUAUGCCAUUAUGCAUAAUAAACUCAUAUUUUGUCUUUCAUACUGACAUCUAAACAUUGCUGAGCAGUAUUAUUUUGUGAAGUAAUGAGGUGACAUUUGGCUGCAGGGCGAGAUCUGCGAGUCUGGAGAUUACUGCAUAAAUGAAAAAUCUCAGCUUUGAUCAACAAAGCUGCCGUCAGAGAAGCAGAACCACCGAGAUGCUUAAAUCUGAAAACACGUACGAGUGAAAACCCCUCUCCCUACCCUUUGCUUCCUAAAUAAUAGAUCCCAUCAAACUCCAUCUACCAGUUUAUUAAUAAAAGAGUGCUUCUUCUUUUUCAUUUUUGAUGUGAAAAUAUUAAAGAAAACUGAAACAUGGUUCUUUAUUUGUGUUUGGAUUGUUGUCAAUUGAUCAAGUCUAUUUAAUUAUCUCAGUAAAAUAUAUACUGAAUAAAAACCAUUUGACUAGA